AUGAGACUAGAAACUGGGCUUGUCAGAUGGGGAGGUCAAUUCGCUCAUGAUUCUCAAGACUUCACACAUGACUCUAAUAGACGUAGCUGGGGCCAGGGAUUGAUGAGUGUGAGUUCUGACCCGCGUUGCAAGAAAAUUUCAUCUAAUUCGAGUUUCAAAACUUUUGAGCAUCCUAACAUAAAAUUAAGUACCCACAAAUGCGCGCCUAAUUGCGCAUGGUGCGUGGCCGCCGCUCGGUCGCCCAUCCCACGCAAAGCUGAGCUAGAAAUGGCUCAAUUCUAUGUGGAUUCCGAGAACCUACCUGUGGGUGAAUAUCCUGGUGGUUCGUUCUACAAGGCAGAUGCCAUUUCCCUAAAUUUUUUUGAGGAAGAUCAGAUGGUGAAACGUGCAACACAGGUGAAGGAAAGCAUGGAUUUCUUACAUACCUUAAUCGAAUCAAAGCUAUUGGGCUCGGCGACUAACACUGACAGAGGAUUGAUUUUGAGAGCUGGAGAGAAUACUGGGAACGAUGACUCUGACGACGAAACCAAAGGACCUCAAGCUGAAGAAGGCGCCGAGGAUGAUCUUGAUAUUAUCAAUCAUCGAGAGGGCGUUUUGUAUGCAAAAAAGCAUAAUCAUCAAGAUAAACUAAAAACUCGUGCUCGCCUAAUGAUUGACUAA